AGGCAACGCUAAGCAGACAGCGCUGAGCAGGCAACGCUAAGCAGACAGCGUUGAGCAGGCAACGCUAAGCAGACAGCGCUGAGCAGGCAACACUAAGCAGACAGCGCUGAGCAGGCAGUGUUAAGCAGACAGCGUUGAGCAGGCAACGUUAAGCACACAGCAGUGAGCAGGCAACGCUAAGCAGACAGUGCUGAGCAGGCAACGUUAAGCAGACAGCGCUGAGCAGGCAAUGUUAAGCAGACAGCGCUGAGCAGGCAACGUUAAGCAGACAGUGUUGAGCAGGCAACGUUAAGCAGACAGCGUUGAGCAGGCAACGUUAAGCAGACAGUGUUGAGCAGGCAACGUUAAGCAGGCAGCGUUGAGCAGGCAACGUUAAGCAGGCAGCGUUGAGCAGGCAACGUUAAGCAGGCAGCAUUGAGCAGGCAACGUUAAGCAGGAAGCGUUGAGCAGGCAACGUUGAGCAGGAAGCGUUGAACAGGCAGCGUUGAGCAGGCAAUGUUGAGCAGGCAACGUUAAGCAGACAGCGUUGAGCAGGCAAUGUUGAGCAGGCAACGUUAAGCAGGCAGUGUUGAGCAGGCAACGUUAAGCAGACAGCGUUGAGCAGGCAACGUUAAGCAGACAGCGUUGAGCAGGCAACGUUAAGCAGACAGCGUUGAGCAGGCAUCGUUGAACAGGAAGCGUUGAGCAGGCAACGUUAAGCAGGAAGCGUUGAGCAGGCAACAUUAAGCAGACAGCGUUGAGCAGGCAACGUUUAGCAGGAAGCAUUGAACAGGCAGCGGUGAGCAGGCAACAUUAAGCAGGAAGCAUUGAGCAGGCAACGUUAAGCAGGAAGCGUUGAGCAGGCAACGUUAAGCAGGAAGCGUUGAGCAGGCAAUGUUAAGCAGGCAACGUUAAGCAGGAAGCGUUGAGCAGGCAACAUUAAGCAGGAAGCAUUGAGCAGGCAACAUUAAGCAGACAGUGUUGAGCAGGCAACGUUAAGCAGGCAACGUUAAGCAGGAAGCAUUGAGCAGGCAGCGUUAAGCAGGCAGCAUUGAGCAGACAAUGUUGAGCAGGCAGUAACACCAGUGACAACACUGCUAGUGUGCUGCACCUCACAGACAACUUGCUGUGUUACUACAAGUGUUGUCAACUAUAUGAACCUACUUGCAACCAUCACCACUGUGACCCUUGCCACCACUGUGAUCACUCUGCCACCACUGUGACCACCCUGCCACCACUGUGAUCACCCUGCCACCACUGUGACCACCCUGCCACCACUGCGACCACCCUGCCACCACUUGACCACCCUGUCACCACUGUGACACCCUACCACCACUGUGACCGCUCUGCCACCAUCAUGUCACCACUGUGACCACCCUACCACUACAGUAACCACACUCCAACAGCUCUCCUCAACCUUCCCUAGGACCUCCAUGACCCUGCCGUCAAACAGAGGAUACUGUUGUAAUCUUAACUUUCUUUUGAUUUGCUGAGUCACCUGUGACAAGGCUGCGAUACAUGUAUUAUACCAUACUAGUCUUCUAGUGGUGUCAACGGCAUCAACAGCAUCUCAAGAAAUUUUAAACGGCGUUAUCCUUAAAAAAUGUCUGAAUACUGGAAGUCAAAUCCACGGAAAUUUUGUGACUUUUGUAAAUGUUGGAUUGCUGACAACAAGCCCAGCAUAGAGUUCCAUGAGAGAGGCAAGCGACACAAAGAAAAUGUUCAAGUACGUCUUGCAGAGAUGGGAAGAAAAGGACAAGAAGAAUAUGAGGCUAAACAGCAGGAAGGGGACUUCCUUAAAGCAAUGGAGGAA